AGGACAGGAGCAGUCAUGGAGGACAGAAAGAGCCUUCUGCUCACACUCUGCUUCCUGCUUACUGCCUCUCUGUGCAUGGAGGCAUUCCACUUAAAGAAGAGUCGUAUCCUGAAACAGAAGAAGAAUUUCACUGAGGCCACACUGAUCUGUAGCGAGCAGUAUGUUGACAUGAUUUCUUUAGCUACAGUUUAUGAUAUUGACUUAUUGAUGCAGGAUUAUGGUCUCCAACAUGUCUGGCUCAAUGAACACAGAGACCCCACGAAUUCCUUAGAGGGGGAAACACAAGAUCUGAGCAGUGGUGACGGGGUGAUGCCGCAGAGUAAUCUAGAUGAUGAUGAAGAAUGUUCCAUUUAUGAGAGCGAAAGCGCGCAGCUGAACAGAACUGCAUGCUCCCAGGAGUUUCCUUUCGUCUGCCGAAAGGACAACCUGGUGCUGGUGAAGGAGAACAAGACAUGGGAGGAUGCAGUGCAGCACUGCAAGGACAUAAAGGUCUCAUGUGAAAGCUGGAUGCCGUGCAAAUUUGGUCUCCUGACCUUAAUGCAGUCUGACUACGACUAUGUCAGAAGCAGGAUCUACGACGCAGAGACUGAGGAGGUUUGGACAGGCCUGCGCUUCCUCGGAGGAUUCUGGUUUUGGACGGAUGGACAGCAGCUGGACGACGAAGGGGCGCUGCCACUCUGCCCACCCCAAAAGGAACGCUGCGGGACUUUGUCCAAAAUCGGCACAAAUAACUGGCUGACCAGGGACUGCUCUGAAAAAAGAAACUUCAUCUGUGCCAGAAAAAUGAAUGGCAUGUAAGAGUGAAGAACAAAGGUCAUUUUGGCUGAGACCUGUUUGUCUGUAGUUUAACAGAUUGAUUUCUCUGCAUACUAUACUCAACACUGACCAUGAUUAGCUUUAAUCAUAAUGUUUCUAGAAAUAGAGGACAAGAUGCUCAGAAAUAUAGCAAAGAUUAAAAACGAGAACUACCACACAGGAGGGAAGGAGAGGGAUUUUAAAUUCUGGUUUACCUUUAGAAAAAUGAGACACUUGUUGGAGAAAAUAUUCUUAUUGUUGGUGACAUAUCAAUCCUUGUUAUCAUAAUCUGUGCUUUAAGUUUUAAAUGAAGAAGGCACACCAGAUCAGAUUAUUCAACAUCCACCCUUCUUGAAAUGAAAAUCAUGACUCAGUCCAGUUGGAGCUCAGAACUGAGAACGGAUACAAAAUCUCUAAACGCUGUAAAUAAAACAUAUUCCCCUCAUGUCUAACUGAACAUUACUGAUUUAAUGAAUCUGCCUUACACUUUGUUUGGAGAGAAAAGUUAGGGGGAAUGAAAAGACUCACAGCAACCAAAAUAGGGAAUAUAUAUAUAUUUACAAUAACCUGUUUCAUGUGCUGAUUGACUCACAGGGAGAGUGUGUUAUUAUGUGUGUUUUUAUGGCUUAAUAGUUCUUAAGAUUUCCAUUUGGUUAUUGAGGCAUUUCAGUUCAAACAAGUGAAAUGGAAAGUGAUUGACUUACUACUGUGUGAAACUGUGUGAACCUCUCUUUUUUUAUUUAGGAUUUAGAUAUUCAAACAACAGGCAGCAUUAGUUCUUUCACUGCAAACAAAAGGUUUUUUUCUGAAGGUUGAAGGGUACCAGUAUGUUUAUUGCUCAUAACCGUGACUUACAUUUAAACACUUAAUACACUUGAGUCACUGUCACAACAUUUUACCUUUAAUGUGUUAUGUUUUAUAA